AUGGCAGUUAUACUGAGAAAUUGUGCAGAAUUUUGUAGAAAUUUAUUUCAACCAUUUAAUAAGGAAACACUUCUGCAUCAUUAUACACCAAUUUGUGGAGUUAUUAGUCAUUCAUUAUUUACUAUGCAUGUUUUAUCCCCUGAAAUUGUUAGAUCAUGGACGAUGAACGAUUUAGCUGUAAGUAAUGGUUUACUAAUUGUUUCUACAAUUGGUAUCGGUGCCUACAUUUAUGGGAGGCCUCAUUUAUCCGAAUUUCGUUGGGUGGAUCGCACCGAACAUACGAUUUUUGCCACUGUCCUAUUUAAUUUUGGUUCUUUAUUAAUGACUGUGCUGUUGAAAGGUUUUAUUCCAUCCAGAGCUAAUGUAGCGCUGAAGUCUUUUUUGGCAUUGUUUAUCAGUUAUUUUCUCUUAUCAAGAGGGCGAAAAUACUUUGAACAUAUUGAUUCUCAGGCAUCGCGCGAGAAACGAAAAUAA